AUUAAAUUGUUAAAAUACAGAGAGGACACAAUCAUUAUUCCGCCUCCUCAUUCGGGCUCCAAGGAAUCGAAUUACAGACGCCCGGUUCCAGAGCUCCGAAUCAAUAAUUUGAUUUCCCGCCAUGGAUCAGCAUCCCAAUUAUGAAUCGAUGGUUGCUCGUGUUCAACAGUUGGAGAGAGAACGUAAUGAAUUGCAGAAAGAUAUUGAACAGUUGUGUAUGCAACAAGCUGGACCUGCCUAUAUUGGAGUGGCAACACGUUUACAUUUUCAGAGGACAGCUGGGUUGGAGCAGGAGAUCGAGAACUUGAAAAAACAGUUGGCUACUUGCAUAAGACAAAAUCAAAAUCUUCAAGAGGAGCUAUCCGAAGCUUAUCGCAUUAAAAGCCAAAUAGCCGAUCUACAUAAGGCUGAAGUGUCAAAGAAUGUCGAAGCUGAGAAUCAGCUUAGGUUUUUUCAAGAUUGUGUAGCUGCUGCUUUUGCUGAGCGAGAUAAUGCAAUAAUGGAGGCUGAAAAGGCUAAAGAGAGAGAGGAGCUACUGCCGCAGGAGCUGACAAAUUUUCAGAGAAGGGUUGAAGAGCUGACUGCUGAACUUCUUGAAGAAAAGGAACAAGCAGCAAAUAUCCGUAUUGAUUUAGAAAAGCACGAAAGGCAGAAUGAGAUGUUCAGACAGGUGAUUGAUAAAUUCUAUAGCAUCAGACAAGAUUCCCUUAAUGAUUCCACUGAUGGAAGUUGGGAAGAGAAAUGUCUUUCUCUUCUGAAUGAUUCAGAGGAUACAUGGAGGUUCCAAAAUGAUGAGGAUGCUUCAACCUCCAAUUACAUUAACUCUCUCGAAGCCGAGAUUGAAACUCUGAGGAGACGUCUCGAUAAUUUACAAAACAAGCUUCGAGUGGGACUGGAAAUUGAAACCCACUUGAAGAAGAAAGUCCGUGAUUUGGAGAGGAAGAAAAUCCAUUCAAAAGAGAAGAAUAAAAAGUGGAUUUCGGCAUUAUCUCAUCACCAUUCUCAGUUCAGAAACGGUAUCAAAAGCUUACUUGAUGAGGGAUAUUUGGAGCUAAAAUCAAUUAGCGAUCUGGUAGUUGAGAAGAUCAAGCAACUUGAAACGAGCAGAGAAUGCGAUUUGAGAUCUUCUCAGCUACAAGAGAGAGAAUUUGACGUGAGUGAAUGCAGGGAUGUCCAUGUUAGUGCCGAUUCUAGUCCAGUUGCAAUCACUGAGAAAAGUCAUCCGGGCUUGCCAAUUCCAAGUGCUUGUGAAACUGGCGAUGCAUCUGAAGCCCUUGCUUUGGCAUUGCACGAUAAGGUGUCAGCAUUAUUACUUAUGUCGCAGCAAGAAGAAAGACAUCUAUUAGAGAGGGAUGUAAAUGCAGCUUUGCAAAAAAAAAUCGAGGAACUGCAGAGAAACUUAAUGCAGGUUACGAAUGAAAAGGUGAAAGCUCUUAUGGAGUUAGCACAGCUGAAGCAAGAAUUAUAUAAUCUACAACCAAAGAUCAGUCAGGACAAAGUACAAGGAAUCAAUCCGGUGGAGACUGCAGAACGAAGAAUGGUAUCGGAGAAAGACGGGAAAUUGAAAAGUCUGCUAAAGAAAACUUACUUAACACGUUGGGUCGGAGGCUCCGAUGGAAGUGAUAUAUUGGCACAUCUACAUAACGAAAAACCACAUCAAGUGGAUUUCGCAAGGAUGAAGAUUGAAAAUGCCACUCUUAAGGAGAGCCUGGACAGUAUGGAGCAUCUACUUUCUUCUGUUCGAAGACUCCGUAUUUCCCUAUUGAAGGUGAAAGAGUCGGAUGCAGGGAAAGAUGAAGACAUGAGGUGUUCCGAAGAUUUGGAACAAGUUAUUGCAGAAGCAAACCUUCUGAAGACAGCCCUUGGCAGCUCUCUCCCCGUUAGUUGGCUGGCUGAAACGGAACGAUCAUUGGAUGAAAUAAGUGGGGCCGCUCGGGAGUCUGGGCAAGAGAAAGUGGAUCUUGUUUCUGCAGCUGGAUUUGAGAUGGUGGAGCUCUUGAUAUUUGCUGCUCAGAACCUCAAGGAGUGUUGUGGUAAGUGAAGUAAAGAAAUUUCAACAUGUGUUAUACUUAUAGCUGAAGCAGAAUUUUGUAUACUAGUUAAAACAAAGCAGUGUGAAAAUAGUACUCCAUGUAAGUUUGUAUUUACUUGCUCUGUACACAAGUUGUAAAUUCCAGAGCCCUCAUUUACAUGGAUUUAAAAUGGCACUUCCCUCUUUUCAAAA